AUGUUUUGUUUCUCUUUCUAUCAGAUGCAUUCAGCAAAGCACUCACUGAAAGCCGAGGACGAGAUGCAGCUUUCCGAUGAUAUUGCCUUCUUAGCUCAACGGGAAGAGGGUGUCGAAUAUGUGACAGCUGUGACUCUUCAGGAGAAGGCAUAUGGGCUUGUCAUCUGUCUCGCUAGCAACCACACGCCACCAAAUCAAACAGUCCACGAAUUGAACGAAAUCAUGGCUUUGGUGAGCAAAUACGCAUCCGAAGGAAAACACCGGGCUGAAUUUCGCGCCAAAAUCUUCGACAUGGUUGUUGAUAUUCGUGGUGAUCGAAUUCUUGCUAGAAUUCGACCCCCUUGGUUGCCACAGCCUAGCCACUAUUACAAGCGGAGGCCCUUUCUGCUCUCACAGGUUCAGGCAUUUGUUAAUGAGAUUUCUGGGAUUGGUAACCAGUUACCGGAUUUUGAAAUCUUGGUGCAGCAGGCGCGCCAGCUGAUAGCCUGCCUUUUGCCUUUCGAAGAACAUGAUCCCCAGAGUAUGAGAAAGGAGCACCUGAAAGAUGUCAUAGUAAGGUGUGCUAGGUUGGCUGACGUUGGUGGGACGGGAUUGCUAGAGGAACACCUUCGACGGCUUCAAGUUUCCCCCCAAAUCCGCGACAGAGGUGGAAUACGUCAAAUUGACAAGCUUGCACGAUACUUCUUUGUAUGUCGAGAUCUUAUCAGAGUUGGUAGACGUCCAGAGUACAAAUCCCUUUUCUGCAACAUUGCCAUUAAAACGUUGAAAGCUUCUGAAGGGAGGAAACCACAAGGUUUUUCCUCUAUGUGCUUUGUUCACGCAGAGAUGCAGCAGAUUGUGCAUUACAUGAACCAUCCUCAUGAUCCUAGUCCGCGGUUCAUCGGAUGCAGCAAGUCCGCAUGCUAUCUCUGCGAUAUGUUCAUACAGAAGCACAGCGGGUACCGAAUCUCCCAUGCUCACCGGCGGCUUUAUCAUCAAUGGACUUUACCUGAUCUGGAUUAUUCAAUUUCCGAAGAGGCUCAGCGGGUGCAAGUUAUAUUGGACUCUAUGACCAAGGAAAUGGCUGCUAUCGUCAGAGGGUUCCAGUCAAGUCUUCGCGCACCCAAGCAGCACGGAGCGGAGAGCCUGGCAUUCUUACCUCUUACUAGUGGCUCGACGGCGAGCAAUACUUCAACUGUCACACAACAACGUUCUAUAUCUCAAAUUUCCCCCAUAUCGAGCCUUGAGUCGCAUGAUGAUACCGAACCUGCAAACAGUGCCUUGUCCAAAAAUAGAUGCGAGGACCUGUCUAGCAAAAGUGGCAGUGCGUCUUAUCUCGUUCUCAAUCAAGGCGACUUGCCAUAUUCAAUUGAUAUCAAGGACAUUGAACACGCUUUUUUUGUUCAGAUCGAUGCAAUUAUUCUUGAUAUUGCCUUCGUUACUCGUGGAAAGCUUUCAAUCCACCACGCAGUGGAUAAUACACGGCCCCGAGAUAUUAUAGAUAUCUGUCGGCUAUCUACAAUUAGUGAAACAAAGGUGGCUACUAGCUCAUCUGUAUUAGCUAUGCAACUAUGCUUGCGUCAUCCCAAUGGUUUUACAAUGAUUCUUGACUUUGUCCAGGAUGAGGUUUGA